AUGUUGCGGCUGCUUCUCGCGGCAUCAUUCGCACGAGGUCUGUUUGGCUGGCCAUGUCCGGGAAACACAACUGCCGACGAUGUUCUGGCAGGAUCUAACCUAACUGGGAAGCUCGCCGUCGUGACUGGUGGUGACAGUGGCCUUGGAUACGCCACGGCGCUUACUCUGGCGAAGCAUGGAGCCAAGGUUGUCAUUGGCAACCACAACAUCACUAGAGGCGAGCUUGCGGCUCAAAACAUUUCAAAGGCAACUGGAGCCAGUGUGGAUGCUUUGCCCCUGAACCUGGGAUCUCUGCAAUCCGUUCGCUCCUUUGCCCGGACCUUCUACCGGAAAUAUGGCGAGAUGCUCAACUUGCUGGUGAACGAUGCUGGAAUAGGUGCACCCAGCAUUUUGAGCCAAGAUGGUUUCGAGCUGGUUUUCCAGGUGGACUACUUGGGUCCAUUCCUGCUGACAGAGCUGCUGCUCCCGGCACUGCGGCGUGGACGACCUUCCAGGGUCGUGAACGUUGCAAGCGGGGCGAGUGAAAAUGCUUGUGAAGCAAUCGGCCUGCCGCGAGACUGCUUUCAUGACUUCUCGCAUCUUCCACCACCCGUCGUUUCGAACAAGCCUGUGACGAUUCACAGCCGCUCAGGCACAUACCAGCAGAACGCCUCGAACUACGGCGUCGCCAAGUUCUUGCAGAUACAGCAUGCGGCUGAGUUGGCAAGACGGGAGUCAGGAAAUGGUGUGGAGGCCUCUUCGCUCACACCUGGCUUCGCCCUGACCUCGCUCACGGAGAAGGUUGACAUCCACAGCCCCUUCGUCAAGGCGGUCUGCCAGCAGCAGGUGCACCCGCGCCCAGAUCUCCCCGCAAAUAGCUGCCCCUUCUCUGCCGACGAAGGCGCUGCCGUUAUCGCUCAUUGUGCAGUGGGCAACAUCAGGAGUGGAGCUUACUACUCGCGAACCUUUGCCUGUGAGGAGCAUCCGGUGACGAUGCAUGGAUUCACAGAGUCCAUGCAAGCAGAACUCUACGAAAAAUCCUUGGCCUGGACAUUGAAAGAGUGGAGGCGCUUGCCGGACUUUCUUUACGGCGUCUUGGUGGCAGUCUGGGUUGGGCAUUUCAUGGUGAACAAAGAUUGCCAAGCUAGCCUCGUUGACACACAGCGGAGGUUUCUGAGCAACCCGGGGCAAGUGGUUCGUGCAGAACAAAUGGCAUCCAACGGCACUGUUCGCUUGCAUGACAGGAACACGAACGGUGAGCAAGCUUCUCAGCUGUCUGUGCAACACUGCCGCCGUGGUUUCGAUGGACCGUGCAUGUCAGGCUGGCCGGAGGAUCAGGAAAGGAGGUUUCUCUCUUGCUGUUUGGCCCUGCCAACCCGUGACAAAAUCCGGUCCAUCGUUGACACCGUUUGCCAAGCAUUAUCCUGUGCAGUGGCAUCUUGUUUGCACUUGGACCUGGCGCUGGCAUCUCCGAAGGAGGAGGUGAAGGGCGACAACAGGCGAUGGGGCAAUGUGGUGGCAAUCUCCGUGGGCCCUGUGCAAGGGGUAUUUGGAGAACAGAGCCUGGGUUCCUUGGCUUUGCAGUCAGACAGCAACACUGGUUCUGCAGAUGAGCCGGAGGACCCUCACAGAAACGCCAGAGUUUCGGCCAUUGCAGCUUCGGCCACCCACUUGGCAUCGUGGGCAUCUUUCUGGGACCGGUCCUACCUUGUCAUCCCAGGCUCGCCUGUGACGAUGCCGCUCACCUGCACGAGGUUUCACUGGUAUAUGAGCCAGUAUCUUCUUCGCAUCUCGUCUUGGGCUGGCUCCGCUCCUGGUUUGUUCGGCCCGUUCGUGCUGGACGACGAGGUUCUCUGGGCAGGUGAUAUCACCUUAAACUACAAUGCAGAGGCGAUCUACUACAAUGCAGCUGCAGCCAAUCACAUGGAGGCCUUUUUGCCGUACUUUCGAGCUGUUGUGGACUUUGUGCCGGCAGCCCGCCGCAUGGCUUCAGAGUUGUAUCCGCAGUGCCGGGACUCUUUAGCUUUUCCGGCACACAUCCUGCCAAAUGGAGUGCGCGCAGCGGGCGUUGGUGGAGGAGACCUCGCCCAAAAGCAGAUUGGUCUCUUUGCAGCCGUCCCAUUCAUACUGUAUUGGAGAUAUUCCGGCAGCUUGCAGUUUGCGGAGACCUCCUUUCCAUUCCUGGCCGGCGUCGCUCGCUUUUGGGAAUGCAAUCUCGACUUGGGCCAAGAUGGAUAUCUGCACGACGGAGAUGACUGCGCCGAGGAGAUCUGCCUCCCCGAUGGCGAUCUGCAGCCAGAUCCAACUGUGGUCCUAUCGCUCUUGCCCAGCUUCUUCACGAUGGUGGCGGAGGUUGAUGAGAGCAUGAGCUCUGGCGUGAACUUCCGAGGCAAGGGACGCAUCUUGAGGGCCACGUGCUCCUUCAAGAGAGGAGACCUGCUUUUCGAGGAACCUCCGCUACAUAUUGUGCAGGUGGAUGAGGGCAACGAGGCUUUCCAGUUGGUGAAGCGGAUCUGUGAGAAGCGCGAUGACGUGGCCUACAACCCGCUGUGGUACUGGGCAGCCUUUUGUUCGCUGACAGCAGACGAUCUAAGAACACCUCCAAAGGCGGGGUGUCUGAAACCAGUGUCGAGAGACCAACAAAAGCAACUGCUGUGCCUUUAUCAUGAGCCUGUCUCUGAAGCCAGCGCCGCCGUGGAGAGCAUGGUCACAGAGUUGGGAUUGGCGGUGUCCCCGGUGAAGGUGGAGGAGCUCCUGCGGCUUUGGAUUUUGAAUUGCUUUGAGCAUUCUGAGACCCCCGAGGGCUACUCCGCCUACUUUGUCUCUUCCUUCAUGUCACAUUCUUGCAAGCCAAAUGCCAUUUGGCACGAGGGCGCUGAUGCGCUUCAUGUAGUUCGAGCCCGCAUGGACAUUUCCGAAGGUGACGAGGUUUGCAUCUCGUAUCUUUCGGAGGACGCACUGAUGUUCAGUGCAUCUCACCGGAAGAGAGCUCUCAAGAAAACGAAGCUUUUUCAGUGCACUUGUGAGCGCUGUGAUGAGCGAGCUGCCUCGGGUACAGAGCCGGUUGACCUGUGCCGUGGAUUCCGCUGCCCGCAUUGUGGGAGCCAUAUUUUCCCGCCGCUGAACGGGGCCGUCCGGGCAGAGGACCUUGCUGGGAUGUGCUGCCCUACAUGCACCCGGGCCGUCGGAGAGCAUGCGGCUGGCUUGCUGGAGACGGAGAAACAACUGCGACUGCGGUUGCAGCUGCUGGACCAGGCUUGUGGCACCAAGCCGGUGGAAGAGCUCAUCACGGAAGCGGAUGCAAGGCAGCUGGAAGAAGUAGCCGGGGACCAGGCCUCUGCAGCCCUGGGGCCGCAGCAUUGGCUCUGCGAGCGCCUGGGCACCUACAUGGUUCCCUGGUACGACUCGCAAGGCCAGAUGGAUGAGGCACUAAAGUGGAUGGAGCGCCGCCUUCGUUGUCAGCGACACAUGUUUCCGUGGCCGAAUGCGACCCGUGCCUGGACAAUGCAGAAGUGCUCUCGACUGCUGAUCCGCAGAUCCAAGUCGAUGUGUGACCGGCAGCAUCCUGGCAAAAGGGAUGACUCGAUGCAGCGCCGCCUGCUGGCCCGGGCGGCCUUCCUUCAAGAGGAAGCCGUGCAGAAUCUGCGGGUGCUCUUCGGGGAGUCACACAGGUUGAUCUUCUUGAAGGUGGCCGAGAUCUUGAAUGCCGAGUCACAAGAGACCCGACAGCGCUGGCGGAACAUAGCCGGACGGAUCGCGCCCUAUCCGACUGAGGUCAUUGACGGAGAGGAGGUCAUCGCAGACUUCUACGGUGGAGAAACUCAGCACGGCUUGGAACUGCGGCUUCACUCCGGAGGCUCCGUUGCCUGGGGUGGGCUCUUCGCUGCCUUCCCAUUGGGCUCGGUCCACCAGCGAAGUGAGAAAAAAGCCCUGGACCUGGUCCAUCGGUCGCUGGCACGCUUCUUCAAGCAAUGGCCUGGUGGCAAGCAGGGAAACAGUUUCCCUCACGUUUUCUCAGCAGCUGCGCGGGUCGGAUGGAGAACGGAAGCAGGGAGCUUGUUGCAGGAUUGGGAGGCAUAUCUCACCAACACGUCGGAUCCGAAAUGUCGCAUGUACGGUAACGGCAUGGUGCUGGGCUGUGGCGGCACGGGCCUGGAAAAUGUUGGUGGUGCAGCCUUUGCCACGGAGCUACUUGUGCAGAUGCCUGAAGGCGUGCUUCAGGUUUUCCCGUCCUUGCCACUUGGCAUGGCGGCUUCUUUCCACCUCCGCGCUCCGGGGCCUGUAAUGAUACGGGCAAGUCGGACGGCUUCGGGAUUCGUGACCGAGUUCAAGAUGCAUCUUCCUAUGCUCGAAGCAGAGCUAGAUAUGGGUCCUACGGUGGUGCGAACGGACUUCCUGGUGCAAUCGCCAUGGCCAGAUUCAGACAUUCUGGUGGAUGGUCAGGUGUUCAAUCGAAAGCAGCUUGCCCCUGUCCUGUUUGCUUCGGCACCGAGUGGCUCAAGAGGGGAUCUGGGGGAUAUGGAGCUUCUGGAGUCAGACAGCGUGACGGAGUCAAAGCAUCUGGGCCCGAUGAGCCCGGUGUCCGUCAGCACGGAAGCUGUGUCACCGGAUGCACCGAGCUCCGCUGAUGCCACCGACAGGUCUUGCAGGAGCUGCUGCUCUCCCUCGCGGCUUCCAGUUCCCUGGCUGGAUGCCGAGGUGCUCGAGAGUGCUGCGUCAUUUGCCCAUUUACCUGUUCCUCGAGAGAGGAGCGGCACCGCAGGCGUUGAUUCCCCUCUUGGCCCGCUUCCGACGGUGCUGGGGGGUGCUGUUCGCGAGACCUCGAAAUCAUCUAGCAAGAGUGUGGCAAUGCCGUACAAUUUCGCACCAAGCUCACCACAUUCCAUCCUAUCAGUGCCGGCUUCGUCCUACAUGGCUCGGGCAUGGCGAAGAGAACAAGGCGGUGGUUGUGAGGCUGCAAUUUCUAACGCCUCGGGUGAAAUACCCUUCGGCGUCCGGAAGUGGAGCAUCGGAGUCAGGACCUUGCUGCAGUUGGGCGACAGUCACUUCGCAGACUGGCUGUCGUUCUUGGCCCUGACUACCAUGGUGCUUGUCGUCACGGCGCUUUACGCCGUGGUCAUGGCGCCCAGGGACCACGAGGCAACCAUUUUAUGGCGCCGGGAGAAUCCAUCAGUGUAUGUGGACAAACUUGGCUGCGAUGCGGUCGACCACAUCGGCUUCUACCUGAUCUUGUGCGUUGCAACAUUUGCAGGUGUUGCAGCUUGCCUCAUGUUUCGCAAUGCUGGUGGUUCGGCGCACGUCCUGUCGGCUUCAGGCCUGGCUCUGCUGAGCUGGUUUCAGGGCCUGGUGGCGACCGUUCUACCCGCCCACGAGCGAGCCAAGAGCGGCUGCGCCUAUGGGACGAUGCAAAAAAUCUUUGCACCACAGGAGCUAAGCAGCUACGACAGGGCAGAUUAUUACAAGGAUUAUUACGGAGUAAUCAUCGUUCGCACUCUCUUGUUCCUCGCCACCUUGAUUUGGAUGCAGCACCUCAUGGUCUGGCGAGUGCUGGCGGUGGAGGCCACAUCACGGCGCUUCUUCGGUGGAAGGUGCCUUUCCGUCGGCAUAGCCGUGCAGAAGAUUGCGGCAACGGUUGCUCUUGCCGUGAGCAUCUGGACCUAUACAUCAAUUGGCGCAUCUCAGACAAGCUCAGAUGAGCCAUUUGGUGCGGAGGUUGCGGAAAGUGCGAUUACUGCGCACGUCAAGUUUUGGAACAAUUGCGUGGAGUGUGGGCCUUACGCUGGCCUCAUGGCGCUUCAGCUCAUCCUUGGGGGCAUGAACUUCCUUCUCUUCGUGGCCACCGGCGUCACGGUCAUCAUCAUCAUGUCGGUGAUCCUUUGGGACCUUGGCCAGGCUGUGCGCGUCACCAACGAUUUCACUUCGACGCACCCUCGAACUAGGCGUGCUGGUCAACAGCUGCGGCGGGCACGGGCCGUGGUUCGAUGGCAGCUCUUCGGUGUCAUACUGCAUCUGGUGGCAAGCUCCGCCCUGCUCCCCGUCGCUUUGGAGAAGCUCUUGGACGGUCGGGGCUACCGAAGUGAGCCGGACUUGGCCAUCAGCUGUUCCUUCCAGGCCUUGGAAUUGCUUACUUGCGUGUCUGCGGCCCUCAUCCUGUCCGGUGGCUACCGACGACCCAUUCGGCACCGUUCACGCGCAGAUCAGCCGUGCAGCUGGCAGUUUGCCACCGCAGACUCGGCCGACUCCACGUCAAUGCGCCGUGAGAAGUCCGACAGCCGAGAGCUCAGCUUCGAGCGCUCGUCGACAGCCUGGAACAUGAAGGUGGCUGAGAUCGCGGGGCGUGGUAUCACAGUGAAAGAGUUACUGGGAUUCUACAGAACUUUGCGGGAUGUGAUGCCACACUACAAAGCAAGCGUGCAUACCACCGGUGAUGUAGUGCGCCACGCCAUUAUUCCCAUGACGAAAGAGUCUCGCAGCUCGUAUGUGCAGGCUUUUGAGGGUGCUGGAAGAAGUGGUCGGCCCCAAAAGAUGGUGACGUAUUACCACAUUGAGGGUACGGAGAAGAAGGAUCCGGCUGUGGCCGUUCCCGGCGGCAGUGAUCUGGACAAGGUUGGCUUUGAUGCAAAGCGCUACUUUGACGGUCUGGUUUCUUCCGGACAGCUGCCCGAGCUCGUCAAGCGCGCCAACGAGCUGGACGCUGAGAUCAAGGAUCUGGAUGGCGAUAUGCAGAUGCUAGUUUACGAGAACUACAGCAAGUUCAUCCGAGCAACAGAUGUAAUCAAGCAGAUGAAGUUCACGAUAGAAGGGCUGGACCCCGACUUGAAAGUGCUUGAAGGCAAUGUCUCCAGGAUAACAGAACACCAGAAGAAGGUUGAAGAUGGGACAUCAGGCAGAGCUGGCCGGAUCGAGGACCUGCUGAAGCAGCAGCGCGUGUGCCGCAAGUUGCAGGUGCUCUUUGAGCUUCCUGCAACACUCCAGAAGUGCCUCGAUCGAAAGGCCUAUGGAGAAGCAGUGGAGGCAUAUUGCUGCUGUUCAGGCUUCCUUCGUCAAUACAGGCACAUGCCCACCUUUCAGAAGGUCCUGGAGGAGGUGGAACUUCAGAUGGGUCGCAUCCGCGUGGCCCUAGAAGACCGCUUGCGCUCUCCAGAGCUCUCUGUUGAAGAAGCCGUCAACAGCUCUGUGACGCUGUUGGAUCUUGGGGAGGACCAGGUGAAAGUUUCCAGCGAAUAUCUCACUGGAAGGACGGGUGCUCUUCGAAGCCGCCUGGCGGCUUGUUUCGAUCCCCUUGAAGAUGCCCCAGGACCUGAACCCGGAGAUGAAGAGCUCUCCAAGGAUCAGGAAGAGCUCCGACGACCUGAAAGCUUGGCCUUGCACGGUGCGUGCAGGCGAGCUACAGAGACCUACGUUCCGAUGCUUUGCGAUGCUGUCGAGGGUUUUCAGAAGUUGCUUGAGGUUCGCUCCGGGUCUGGAUCUGCAGUUGACGAGAACGUGCUUCCAGACUUCGUGAGUGCCAGAAUUGAGGAUCUGUGCGACCGUAUCACGCAGCUGGUGGACAAAAAAUGUCCACCUACGCGGGUGCUCGUUUCCUGCAUCCAUUCUGUCCGAGAUUCCUUGAGGCGGCUACAUUCGCUCCUGCCAGCUUUGCUUACACGGCUCUUCCGAGCUUUCCUUGGACGGACGGCCAUGGAUGCCAUGAAGGCACUAUUUGCAACAGCCUGCUCAGCGAUGCUGACAGAGAUGUGUAAGCUGCACCAGGAAUGCAAGAAGCUGGGCGAGUCCAGCAGUUCGGGCUUGGACGACGUGUUGGAAGAGAUCGCGAAGACCGAGCAGUCCGUAAUCAUGCAUGGGUUCACGGCCUUGACGGAGUGCCAACCACUUCAGAGCCUCCUUGGCCCCGACAAGGUGGCUGGCCAGCAACUCAUCAGGGGACUCCACUCGCAGCUUACGACGUUCUUUACGACCUUCACGGAAGUCUGCCGCACAUACGGAGCCACCUUGCAAAACUACAACAACGAGCUCGUGAAGUCUAUCGAAGAUCUCCGUGAGAAACGCGAGGAGCUGAACCGCCAGAUCCUCAAGGAGGAAGAAGACAAGGCGAAGAUCCAGAAAGAGCUGUCCAUCCUCACGGAUCGGCUGCAGAAGGUGAAUGAGAGCUUGGUUCGCAAGACCCAGGCCCGCAACGAGUAUGACAAGACGAUCCAGGAGACGGAAGCCGCUUACAUGAAGAUCCUCGAGUCCUCUCAGACCCUGCUUCACGUCCUCAAGCGCGAGACGGUGAACCUGACCAAGACGAAGGGAGGAGGAGGCGUGGGGAGCGACGUCGGCGAAGCUCUGCUGCCGUUGCCAAUGGCUAAAGAGAUGAAGCAGGUGGCUGAUCUCGAAUGGUGUGGUUUGUUUGCAUUGGCUUUGGUGCGGGUGGGCCGGCACCUGGAGGUCAAGGCCAUUAACAAGGUCUGGGGCGUUGCAAAGGACCUUUUCGAGGGUGCAGAGGCUGCAGCAGUUGAGCUCCAGCCAAAUGCAGUGGUUCUGAAGUCGACGCGGGGUGCGGCUCAAGCAGUCAUCACGCAGUAUGCAACCAUGAGUGGGCAACGGCUGGCCCACUUCUUCCGAAAUUCUGUGCAGAGUCGCAACUGGAUGACGGUGCGGGAACCACAAGAGCCACGCAAGGUCGUGGAGAUGGUGCUUCGAGAGGUGCACGCCUUCGAUGCACAGCUGGCGCGGCUGCUGGGUGAUCCCAGGAAACCAAAGACAGGCGACCACCGAAGGAAUCUGUCCCGCUUCAAGAACUCCAUGGAGCUGGAAGUAGAGCGUCUCUGGGCCAAGAAGCUCCAGGUGUUUGCUCCGAUUCCCUUCAACAGGAAUGGUGCGAUUGUUGGCAUACUGCGGAUUGCCUUCAAGGCCUUCUUCGAGUACGUAAGGGAGGAGACUUUCGGGAAAUACGGCCUUCAACAAAUCCAGCUUGACUGUGCCUUUAUUGCAGAGAUGGUCAGAGACUUCGUGGAGAACGAUGAUGCAAGUGUUCUGGACAGCUUGUUGGACGAAGUCGUUGCUUCUGCCCAGCUGCGCUGCGUCGAGCCAGUGGCCAUGGAUGCGCACUGGUGGGGGAAUCGCUUUGUGGAUCUAUGUGCUGCUGUCGUGGCCGAUGCGUUGGAGGAGUCCAGCUACGGUCUGGUUUCACGCUUGCUCCAGAAGGAUGUGGAUAUCAUCGAGCGCAUUUUGGAGAAAUGCGGGCGGCUCCAGGACUGCUACUGGAUUUGUGCCUUCUGUGUAAACCAACAUGCGAGCAUUUGCGAUUGCAAUCAUCAUUCCAGAGAUUCUCUGACCGCCCAGCGAUACCCUGUUUGUGAUUGUGGACUUCCCAAGGAAGGCUUGGGCGCGAAGAAGCUUGUCCAGGUGAAAAGGACAUGCUACGAGCGUCUCUUCGAUCCCGCCUGGUUGCAGCCCGAUGGAGUCGUGGUAUCACCGCCAGAACAGUCAUUGUCUGCAAAAGAAGGGGACAGGGCUUUGCUGAACCCCUGGUGGGCGCAGGAGCCUCCGCCUCAGCGGGGCGCCGGCAGCGUUGCGGCCACUGCCGCGCUUCCUCGCCGCUGGGUCGCUAAUUGGUGCUUCAUGUUCCUGGUCAUGGCUGCAAGUGCAGAAGGAGGUGAAGGUGGACAUGGCGCAUCGGAAGGAGCUGAGGGCGGCGAGGGCACAGGCGAGGGCGCGGCCCAAGGCGCCCCGCCGGUCGAAGGUGGCGAGGUGGAGGAGCUCUUCGCGUUGCCACUCUUCCGGAAGCCUGCUUUCCCCGGGUUCUACCACCUGGUUCAGAUCACGUCGCCACAGAUUUUCGAGUUCAUUGCCAACUUACAGGCUUCUGGCCAGGGCCACUAUUUAGCUGGAUUCAUGACGACGGAGCUGCCCGCCGAGUUUGCGGAUGCGCCGCAGAGCGAGACUGCAGCGCCUUUGGUCUCACUGCCCCCGGAUUCACAGCCGCCUGCGGCAGAGAAGAAGCCUCUACGGAAAGACACCGGCAAGGUGGACAGCGUCGAUGAGCUGGUGGAGGUCGGCACAAAGCUGCAGGUCGUCUCUUUGAUCAGCCAGUCCCCCAACUCGCCUGGUGGCAGCCUCCUCGUCAUGCCGACAGGGAGAAUUCGAAGAGUCGGGGUUGCCCCACAAGAGGGACCAUCUGUCGGUCCCCUCUUCAAGUUGGAGACGGUUGCAUUGCCAAAUCAGGUGGUUCCAAGUGCGUCCGAUGCCAAGCUUAGCAUGGAAAUUCGGGCACUACACUCCGAGAUGGUUGCGACUAUGAAGGAGCUGCUCAAGAUGCCCUUUGUGAACAAGGACCAGUUCGAGCAGGUGAUCAGGUAUUACAGUCUGGACGAUCCGUUGAAGCUGGCGGACCUUGCGGCGGGAAUGUCCAGCGCACCCAGACAAGACCUCCAGGAGGUCUUGACAUGCGAGGAUCCCACGGAGAGGCUCCGGAAGGUGCUUUUGAUCUUGAAGAAGGACCUUGAGAGCACGCGCCUUCAGAGCCAGUUUCGGACACAGAUCGAGGACAAGUUUGCAAAGGAGAACAAGAAGUUCAUCCUCAUGCAACAGCUCCGCUACAUCAAGCGCGAGUUAAAUCUUGAACGGGAUGACAAGCAGUCGAUCAUUGCUGCCUUUAAGGAGUGUAUCAAGAAUUUAGGCGACAAGGUCCCUGAGGAGGCUGCCAAGGUGAUGGACCAGGAGCUAAGCAAGCUCGGCACCCUGGAGCCGCAAUCCGCAGAGUUCAAUGUUUCAAGAACUUACCUCGAGUGGCUUACUGCUCUUCCCUGGGGAAAGUUCAGCGAGGACAACACUGACAUUGAGAAGGCUGAAAAGAUCCUGAAUGAGGACCACUACAGCCUGGAGGAUGUCAAGGAGCGAAUCCUAGAACACAUGGCCGUGAGCUUCCUCAAAGGCUCUGUGCAUGGGAAGAUUAUGUGUUUGGUUGGGCCGCCUGGAGUUGGCAAGACUUCUAUCGGCAAGAGCAUAGCCCGUGCUUUGGACAGGCAGUUUUUCCGCUUCUCCGUUGGCGGGUUGCACGAUGUGUCCGAGAUUCGUGGCCAUCGGCGAACAUAUGUUGGUGCUAUGCCGGGAAAAAUCAUACAAGCUCUGAAAAUCAAGCAAGUCUCGAAUCCCGUCAUACUCGUGGAUGAAGUCGACAAGUUGGGUCGUGACUUCCGUGGAGAUCCUUCUUCGGCGCUGCUCGAGGUUCUAGAUCCCGAGCAGAACUCCGCUUUCAGAGACUUGUACCUGGACGUGCCCAUAGACCUUUCGAAAGUGCUCUUCAUCUGUACUGCAAACGUUACGGACACGAUUCCAGGUCCUCUUCUGGACCGUAUGGAGGUCAUCAAGCUGGCCGGUUACGUUUAUGAAGAAAAACUAGCAAUUGCCAACCAGUACUUGAUCCCUCAGACCAUCGCCACCAACGGCGUCCCCGAGGAUCUCAUGGAGCUGCAACCAGAGGCUCUUGCGGAGCUCAUCCGCGAUUAUGCACGUGAAUCAGGCGUGCGCGAGCUGCGAAAGCUUUUAGAAAAGAUCACGCGGAAAGUGGCCUUGAGCCUUGUUCGUGUGGAGCAAGAAGCGCGUGAGCGCUCCAUUAUCUCGACAGAGAACUUGCGAAAAUUCGUCGGUCAGCCGCCGCAUUCUUCGGAGCGGCUUUUCAUCCAUACCCCGAGUGGUGUCGCCAUGGGUUUAGCCUGGACAGCAUUGGGGGGCCAAACGCUUUUUGUGGAGGCCCGCGGUCGCGUGCCUGAAAGCACGGACAGCAUGGCAGAGGCUAGCCCAUCUCUGGAUGUAACAGCAGCAGCUGACAGCACCAGCGAUACGCCAUCAUCUAGCUCUAAGAGCCCGCGGCCGCAGAAUGCGGGACCGCGCAUGAAGGUGACCGGAAAGCUGGGAAAGGUGAUGGGCGAGUCCAGUGAGAUCGCUCUCACCUAUGCGCGGAUCUUCCUGCGUGAGCUUGAACCAAAGAAUGAGUUCCUAGACCACGCACACAUCCACAUGAACAUGCCAGAGGGUGCCAUUCCAAAGGAUGGGCCAUCUGCCGGAGUAACAAUGACAUCAGCUUUGCUUAGCAUGGCUCUGGAUCGGCCGGUGAAGCGCGACAUGGCCAUGACCGGCGAGGUCACAUUGACAGGCAAGGUGCUCCGUGUCGGCGGCAUCAAAGAGAAGACCCUGGCCGCCAGAAGAGAGAAUGUGGACAUGCUUGUCUUCCCCAUGUCGAAUCAGGCAGACUACCUAGAGCUGAAGCCGUACCUUCGAGCAGGGCUGACAGCACACUUCGUCGAUCACUACGACGAUGUGUACCGGCUUGCCUUCGAGGACGCGGGCGCACCGAUGCCUGGCGGCUCCAGGGGUAGCGAGGUGGUGACUGUGGUCACUCCCUUGGAGGAAGCGCAACUGCCGAUUUUCAUGACUGGCGCGAGUGGUGAAUCUGCCACCACUGGUGCUCAGGUGCAAUGA